GUCCGAAAAUUAAAUGGCGUCCGCCGAAAGCUGGCAGAUCGGCUAGGCAACGAAGGCGCAGUGCAAUUACCGUUUUAUUUUUCAAUUAAUUACUCUUCACUCGUGGGACUUUUGCCGGUGACACGACCGGAUUAUGAAGGACACCAUGACUGCCGUUGAACUGAAAGACCUCGGUAACAAAUUGUUCACUGCGCGCAAGUACGAAGACGCCAUAUCCUGCUACAGCAAAGCAAUCAUCAAGAGCCCAUCCACGGCCACCUACUUCACAAACCGGGCGCUAUGCUACCUCAAGCUCCAGCAGUGGGAGCUGGCGUGCCAGGACUGCCGCCGCGCCCUCGACCUUGACCCCAGCUCGGUCAAGGGUCACUUCUUCCUGGGUCAGGCGCUGCAGGAGAUGGACAACUACGACGAGGCCGUCAAGUACCUGCAGAGGGCCAACGACCUGGCCCGUGAGCAGAAGCUCAACUUUGGCGACGACAUCGCCUGCCAGCUGCGGCUGGCGCGCAAGCGGCGCUGGCAGCUCAUCGAAGAGAAGCGGCUGCAGCAGGAGAUUGAGCUGCAGACCUACCUCAACCAGCUCAUCCUGCUCGACAAGCAGAAGAGGGUUCAAGAGAUGAAAAUGAUGGGCACUCGCCAGGGCGACAUCGAAAGGGUGGAGGCCGCUCUGGACAAGUACAUAUCAGAAUUGAACAACAUAUUUGCAAAGGUGGACGAAAGGCGCAGGAAGCGAGAAGUGCCCGACUACCUGUGCGGCAAGAUCAGCUUCGAGAUCAUGCGCGAGCCGGUCAUCACGCCCAGCGGCAUCACCUACGACCGCAGGGACAUCGAGGAGCAUCUACAGAGGGUGGGCCACUUCGACCCAGUGACGAGAACACCGUUGACCCAGGACCAGCUGAUUCCCAACUUGGCCAUGAAGGAGGUGGUCGACGGCUUCCUGGCGGAGAACGAGUGGGCCCUCGACUAUUGAACGCCUCCGGUGACUUCGCAAGGACCGUGCGCACCGUCCGCCGAGAGCCAGCUUGAUUUCGCAUCGCUGCCGCCUGCUUGCUUCGCUCUUUAACAAGACCGAGAUGGCGGGACACAUUCAUAAGUUGCGGUGUGCAUCUUGCUCGGCUGCCAGAUGGCAGGCUUUCUCUUUUCAUUGCCCGCACCCGUCUGUUCUCAAUGCUUUCGCAGCAGGUCAUCGGGUGACCUGGCAAAGUCAGGUCUUUGACGAGUUCCGUUAUUAGGUUUGCCUUCGCAGGGUACACGAGUUAAAUGACUUUGGUGACAACCGCGGGUUGCGUUGUACGAGCCUCUGCUGUUAAAGGUCGGCAGCAACGGUUCAAGCACUCUUUUAGCAUUCUGACUACCCAAUUGCUGGGCCACUUAAGGCGGCUUGUUGUUCAGUCUUGCCUUGAUUGAUCGCACCGAGCAUCGUAUUCGUUUCACGCAAUGUCUCUUAACGACGGGAGUUAAAAUGAGCCGUGAUGGCCAUAGCGUAACCCCCUGGAAAGAUGUCUGGAAGUCGACUCUUGCGGAGCUGUCUGGAGCUCUAACCUCGUAUGAAUAUCGUCAGCUAAGUAGAAUCAUUUGAGUGAACUGCCGAAUAGUGUUCCGGUCCUUCGGUGUCUUCUUCUGGCGUACACGAUGCUUCACAGAAGCUUACGCCGAAGACACGCUUUCAUGCGAACUGGUGUCAACGGUCCGAAAAUGCUGGCAGCAGUCAAGUUUUCUGCAAAUGCCCGCCGUCGUUGUUGCAAACGGAACAGACGUCGAGGGAGCUGGGAGAAAAGCUGGGCCUGUCUCCCUUUUCGUCUGUUCCGUUUUCACUGCCAGUCGUGACGAGCCCGUUUCCGUUGUAAGCGCCCGACGGAAUCUUGCGAAGUUAUGAGAAUCUGGCAAGCGUCUCGGACGAGCACGAUGAGGUGGCAGGAAAGUUGACGUGGACGACCGUUGCCUGUAGAUGUCGAGGUCUUGUCACUUUCUGAUGACCCAUGCCUGUAAAGGUGCAUGUACAUACGUCCGGUGUUAUGGAUUGCAAGGAACCGUUACUGCCCUCUCCGCGUGACUCCUCGAGCAGUCUCGUAGCUCUAGGCUCGCUUGUCCCACAUCGCGCUAGCCUCGGCUUUUGUACACACUUUACUGCAGCCGUAGAGUCCAAAGUGGCAGAAAAGCCCAGUCGUACCCGGUCCCAGGAACGCCUUUUUUAACGAUAACUGUAUAACUUCGUGUGUCGUAAACUUAGGAUUGUCACUGGGCGUGUGUCAAUUCACACGCUGCUCUCGAAUGUGUGUAUGGGUACCCUGCUGUAGAGCCCUACGUUCGCUUGUAUAGCUUCGUUGAGUGCGUAAUGGUGGGACCCUUGAAAUGUGGCAGCGUUCGCCAGAGUGAGUCUUUUCGAUUGGUUGCGAGUGAACAAGAUGUAUGCAUUUUUUUUUUCUAAAGCUGGCACAUGGUAGUGGUAUGACUUGGAAUGGCAUGCAUUGCACCAACGGUGUGGUGCAGUGCAGCCUGCUUCAUUCAUAUUGACGGCAUUAUGCAACCCUCUAUUCAUGUAGCGUAAUCUACGGCUGUGUGUUUGCAGGAACGAGAUGUUGCAUUGCUAGGUGGCCACUUCGGUGCAGCGGGUUAGGUACUGCUUCGACGAAUUUGAAUGUGGUGUGACCUUGUAAAGACUCUGAUAGAAGUUUAACAAGUCUGGCUGGAGACUUGAGCACUGAUAAUAUGCGCUUCAUGAAAGGAGACGGGACGGAAGGAAAUGGUGGAGACAAGUGCUGUCUCUAUGGCACUGGCAUACUAAUUCAUCUUUGCCCUUGCAUUUGUGAGGCAAGUGUGCUCUUAAGGGUAUGUUGAAAGUGUCCUUCCUGGCUUUAUGCCGCAAUUCCGUUCAGCACAGUUUCGCUGGGAUAACAUGACAAAUCCUAUGCCAGUUCUUAUUUGCAUUAGGAAUUGGUCCAACUGGGGUUUUGCUUAGUUUAUUACAAUUGGCCUUUCAUGAGCUGCGUGAUACAAAGGGAACAGAGUCAAGCUAAGACCUUUCUUACGUUAUGUCUUCCCUAAAUCUUUGACACUCCAUUGCAAAAAGUUCAUAUGGCCAAGGGAAACAACGCUGAGGAGAAAUCAGCAGACACGCUACUUUCAGGAAAUCACAUUGCGCAUUACGUAGGCAUAAAACAGUGUCGGGUUUCACUGGAUGUUGUUUCACAUUUUGACAGGCUGUUUGCAUCCUCUGUGAACUAAAUUGGGUGUUUAUUCUCGACUAGUAGCUGCAUUGGCGACGUCGUGGUAGCUUAAUGGAAGCCAAGCGGGCUGCUCUUUAUGGUGACACCCAGCGAAUGAAAUUUAUUGAACUUCGGCUCCACGAUAAAUACGAAUUUCCACUCUGUCAGUGUGUGACACCCCCAAAGAAACGUGAAAUAUAUGGAGGGCAAUUAUCGAAACUAACGGCUGCGACGCUUGCCUUUAGUGUCUCUUUAGAGAAACACUAAAGGACAUUGCCUUUAGAGGGCAAUGUCCUUUCAAGUUGUUUCGUUUCCCAUUGUCACUCUGUGCUGGUAAUGGCUGCUCAUAUGUGUGUGCAUGGCACAAUCUCGAAUACUCUGCACUGCUGUUGGGGAAUGAACCAAGUCGCAUUGUUAAAGGGGCCCUGCAGCACUUCUUGAACAUGGUCAGAAAAUGCUGUCGAUCGGUAGUCGAGGCUCCUGUGAGCAUGUGAGCCAAACGUCAGCGCAGCACGCGGCAGGGAACUUACAAUUAAAUUUCAAAGCCAGCUGGAAAUCGCUCACUCUUCUCUCGACAAGUGAUGCCGUAAACCCAAAAUCAACUGCGUCACAUACCCAGAAGACACGGACAUUGGCUGAUUUGAAGAUCGUGAGCUGCGUAGUUACUGCAGCUGCUGUGGCACAAGAAAGUUAGCUGCCGCAUGCGCGUUCAAAGAAAACAAGAAAAGAAAGUGCUCAAGAUCAUGACGCACACUAACCUGUAGCUUCUUGCCCCCUUCUCAUCCCCUGGCCUCAUGUAGCUUUCAGUACACUCGCUGGGAAGAAAGGAGAGAGAGAGAAGGAGCUUAGAGCGUGCGACAGAUCCCUGUAACUCCGCUCACACUUUACGGAUUCUAAAGUUUUUUGCGGCAGUCGAUUCGUGAGGCAAUAAACUGCGAUAGUGAGUUCAUUUGAUGAUCACUUGGAGAAAUGUUGCGGGGCCCCUUUAAAAACAUCUGAAGUGUCUUGUGCAGACGCAUAGCACGCGGUGCGUCUGCAUCACUGUUAAAAUGGUGCUCUGUGCAUUCAUUUGCAACAAUUAUCAACGCUGUUGGCACCGAGCGUUUUGCGGCAUCCGAUUGUUGUUUCAGUGCUCCUGCUUUGUUUGUGCUUCGAUUGUUACAGCAGUGCACCAGCUUAAGCAAGGCACGAGCAGCGAAAUUGUUUCGUGUGAGUGUUGUGUGCGUGUUGAUGCAUUGAAAUUGCAAAGGGUGUGUACAUGUUGAAGAGUGAGAACCUUGAAAACGAUACUUUUCAUUUCCACAGAAUUGUUCUUUUUUUUUUCAUUUGUGAGAGGCUUGUGGUCUGACACUGAUGUAGGUAUGUGUGUAUGUGUGUGUGAGGUAUGAAAGCGAAUGUAUUGGGCUGCCACCUCGUUUUAUUUGAAUUUUUUUAAUCGUCCAGUUGCCGGCGAUGUGUGUAAAUAAACAGUGGUGAAGUUUCGAACUG